GGGCAGGCAAAUGCAGCAUCCGGAAUGGCUGUGCAUGAUGAAUGCAAGCUGAGGUUUCAAGAACUUAAAGCAAAGAGGAGCUACAGGUUCAUUAUAUUCAAAAUUGAAGAACAACAAGUGGUGGUUGAGAAAUUAGGGGAUCCCAUGGAAAAUUAUGACAACUUUAUGGCCAGUUUUCCACCUAAUGAGUGUCGCUAUGCCGUCUAUGAUUUUGAUUUCACAACUGAUGAGAAUUGCAAUAAAAGCAAGAUCUUCUUCAUCGCAUGGGCACCAGAUGCAUCAAAGGUGAGGAUGAAGAUGGUGUAUGCAAGUUCCAAGGAUAGAUUCAAGAGAGAAUUGGAUGGAAUCCAAGUUGAACUGCAAGCAACAGACCCAAGUGAGAUGAGCCUGGACAUUGUGAAAGAGCGAGCUCUCUAA